AUGGAUGAAGAGAUUAAAGAUCAAACAACACCAACUCAAGCAUCAUCAGAUAAGAAGAUUACUGAUAGUCCAACACCACCACAGCAGUCUCCACCAAUCAUAAUUAAUAAUUUUCGCAACACCAAUAUUGCUCAACCUCAAACAGCCACAGAUCCGGUGAUCCAGGCUCGGUUGGACGAGUUAACCCGAUUGGUCAAGGACCUUACCGCACCAAAACCCACUGAUUUGGACCUCGAAAGGAGGAGAGGGUCUGCCUUCUCCCAAAUGAUUAAUGACCUCCCUAUUCCAGCAAAGUUCAAGAUGACCACUUGCAAGUACACGGGUAGUGAAGACCCAUUAACUCAUGUGGAGAACUUCAAAAUCCAAAUGGACCUUCAAGGAAUCAAGGAUGACCUUAGGUGUCGAAUUUUCCCUACAACCCUCACGGACACGGCGCAACAAUGGUUUACUAAACUACCCCUAGGAAGAAUUACUUCUUGGGAUGAGUUUGAGGGGUUAUUCUACACCCAAUUCUCUUCAGCCCGACAGAUACCAGUAGAGUUGGGUGACUUGGUUGCCAUCAAGCAGAAGCCCGAUGAGCCACUAAAAGACUACAUUCAACGCUUUAUGCAGGAGGCAACCAAAGUAAAAAAUCUAAGCGAUGAUGGCAAGCGGGCCGCCAUCAUGGGGGGCAUCCUUGUGGGAAGUCGGCUGUGGAAGGAUACAAGGCGAAAACCAACCCAUACUAUGAGAGACUUUCUUGACAGAGCUGAUGAGUUUAUUAAAUUGGAAGAAGCUGAGCGAAACGCUCAAAACUUCAACCACACUAAGAAUAAAAAGACCGGAACAAGCUCAAAUAGUCAAAGCUCUCAAGGGGGUAACGCUAGGAAUGACUCCAACAAUGGUAAGAGAGGGAAUAACAGUAAUGGCGGUAACAACAAUGAUAACAAGAGACUAAAGAAUACCCCCGAGCCAGCCAGGCAAGAUCCAAUCCCAAGGUUCACCACCUAUAGCCUGCUCCUGGACACAAGAGAAAAUAUCUACAAUGCAACUCACUCGGUGGUAGCGUACCGCAAACCUUAUCCCAUGAGAAAGGACAUUAGCAAACGCGACAUGAACAAGUUUUGUCGAUUCCACAAUGACUACGGUCAUGACACCGAUGAGUGCAAUAAUCUUAAGGAGGAAAUAGAGUUUCUCAUCAGACAAAACAACCCCAACUUGAAAAGAUAUGUACGACAGGACAAUGACCGGCCCCAACGACAACAACAACAACAAGCAGUUGGGGAUGACAAACAAUUGUUACCUCCCCCCGUUGCGGGCCGUUUGGACAUUAUAUCUGGAGGACCUCACCUUGCGGGGAACUCCGAAAAGUCCCAAGAGAAAUACGAUCGGUCUCUGCGACAUGAACUGGGUGACGAUGUAUUGGCUGUCCAAGAGCGAGCUCCCAAGCAACCUCAUUAUGAACAUGAGUUAAUCACGUUCUCUAAAGACGACACCAAAUACGUUCGAUAUCCACACAACAACCCCUUGGUGGUAGAGGUACAAAUCGCCAAUAUGAUUAUGGCAAGGACAAUGAUUGAUAAUGGGUCGUCAGCCAAUAUCCUCUUCAAGUCCUCAUUGGAAAGGAUGGGUUUGGGAGCAAAGGAUUUAGAGCCCUGCGAACAUCUCAUCUAUGGAUUCACAGGAAGUGGUAUGGCACCGGCUGGACUUAUUAAGUUACCAUUGACAGUGAGAACAGCCCCCAAGAGUGUCACUAUCAUGGCAUUAUUCAUGGUAUUGGAUAUAAUAUCUCCCUACAACCCCUUAAUCGGCCGCCCAACCCUGUAUGACCUGAAAGCAGUCACUUCUAUCUUUCACCUCCUCGUCAAGUUUCCUACCAAGGGUGGAAUUGGCUGCUUGAAGGGCAAUCAAACAGUAGCACGAGAGUGUUACAACCUAUCCAUCGCAACCAGGUAG